AUGGCAACUGCAGCGGCGCAACAGCCGCAAGUGGCGCAAAAGGACGCGUCCUCCAUGCCCAAGAAACCCAGCACGUCGCGGUCCAUCAUUGCGGGUGCAUUGGCUGGAGCUAUCGAAAUUUCUAUAACGUACCCGGCAGAGUUCGCCAAGACUAGAUCACAGCUCAAUCGCAAGCUACCAGAUGGUCAGAAGCUUCCGUGGCCACCGUUUGGCCCUCAGUGGUAUGCAGGAUGCACGACCUUGAUCAUUGGAAACUCGGCAAAGGCUGCUAUUCGUUUCGUCGCCUUUGAACAAUACAAGCGCCUCCUGGCCGACGAAAACGGCAAGGUUUCAGGACCCCGAAAUGUCAUUGCCGGUUUCUUUGCCGGCAUGACUGAGUCGCUCUUUGCCGUGACACCGACCGAGUCCAUCAAGACCACUCUCAUUGACGACCGAAAGCGAGCGAACCCAAGGAUGAAGGGCUUUCUCGAUGCAAUUCCCAUUAUUUACAAAGAGCGCGGGUUCCGUGGAUUCUUCCAAGGUCUCGUACCGACCGCAGCCAGACAGAGUGCCAACUCGGCCGUCCGUUUUGGAUCCUACACUACCUUGAAGCAGUUGGCGGAAAGUUACACGGCGCCAGGCGAAAAGCUGGGCAUGCUGGGGACCUUUGGUAUUGGUGGUGUUGCUGGUGUCAUUACCGUAUAUGCCACGCAACCUCUAGACACCAUCAAGACGAGGAUGCAGAGUAUCGAGGCAAAGCAGGUCUAUGGCAACAGCUUCCGCUGCGCAAGCAUGAUCUUUAAGCAGGAAGGCGUCUUUACAUUUUGGAGCGGAGCCGUACCACGCUUGGGAAGAUUGAUCCUCAGCGGCGGUAUUGUAUUUGCCAUGUACGAGAAGUCCAUGGAGCUCUUCAACAAGUUCGACCCCGAGGGUAAGAUCAUUUAA